ACAACUCUACCAUCAACUCUCAACACUAAAAACUCAAUCCUCAAUCAUAAUUUUUUUUUCUUGUGAAUUUGUCUUGCCACCAUGACUGAUCAAGGAAGAACAGGAUCCUACUCAUCAUAUGGAGGAUCCUACGGAGGAUCACCCUAUGACACCAACAUCAACAACAACAACCAACCCUCACGCCAAACAGUGAAGUUCAUAACAGCUGCAACUAUUGGUGUGACACUGUUGUUCUUGUCUGGACUAAUCCUUGUUGGUACUGUCAUAGGAUUAAUCAUUGCAACCCCUCUACUUGUUAUCUUCAGUCCUAUCCUAGUUCCAGCUGCUAUAGUCCUAUCACUCAUUGCUGGUGGCUUUAUGUUCUCUGGUGGUUGUGGUGUAGCUGCUAUAGCUGCAUUGUCAUGGAUAUACAACUAUGUCUCUGGUAACCGCCCUGCUGGUACUGACACUCUUGAUUAUGCUAAAGGUUUGAUUACUGAUAAGGCUAGGGAUGUGAAGGAAAGGGCCAAGGACUAUGGAAAUUAUGCUCAGGGUAGAGCACAAGAUGCCACAACAGGCGCUUAUUAAUGAUCGUGUGGAUUGCUUCCACCUUUCUACAUUUGCAUGUUCCAUGUUCAGUUCACUCCUUGUCACCUCAUCUGUUUUGUUUUGUAUCCUGUUAAUGUGCCGUGUUCUAUGUUGUUCUGCUAGUUUUUGUAUUUCCUUCGUUUUCGAAGUUAAAUAUUUCGCCUUAUUUGUGUAAGCAUUGUGUUGGUUAAUAAACACCUCUCUUUUGUAGCUACAAGAUUUCCUCUUGUUUAAGAUAUGUAAUAAUGUUAAUGUGAUGGAUUAAUGUUUCUCCCCUUAAUGGUGAUGUUUUUCAUCAUGUUAAUGUGAUGGAUUAAUGUUUCCUCCCUUAA